AGAUUGUGGGGCUUCAAUGGUAUCUAGCAGCGCUCAGGUAGCCGUCGUCGUCUAGCCUCUCUCGGCUAAAAUGGCUCCCCCCGGUGAAUAAAUAUCGAGCCUUACCUUCCAGCAGACGCUGUAUGAUGGAGUCGAUGUUCAGCUUGUCGGCUUCUGCCAUGCUAUUCCUCUCUAUUCAGUUUGGUUCCCUAUUAAUCCCUGUGAAUUCAAAAAUAUGAGCUCGAGCCGAGUGACCGUUAGCUCGACUAGUUUAGCGUUAAUCGGCUACCGUUAGCCCGCUAAGCUAGCUAACCUUGGGGGCAGAAAUGGACACCUCAGAAAAUGAGGCUCGUUGCUGACUUGUUGAAGAUGCGAUGGCUGUCAUAUACGUUAAAAACUAACUCGGUAAGCAAUUUGGAUACGGUUUCUUAAUUCGGCAUAACUUAGUUGUAUUUUCUCGUGACAACCGUAAAUCUACCGUAGCAGCUAGCACCAUGCCAUCGACAAAAAAAGGCUCGAGGAGCUUCAGCUCAAAGCGAGCUCGAACGGAAGAGCUCCUAUUGGUCCAUUUCUUAAAUAGGCGGGGCUUCUGAGGGGAUAUGCUCUUGCGGAUUGGUUCUUUUCACUGUCGGUCAGCAUUUACACAUCACAAACCACUCUGUGAAAGAAUCUUGAUUUUCUUUUCUAUCCGAAGUUUUAUCUCACACCAAACUGAAUAAUUCACCAAACAACGCACGCUUAAGUGUUUUUACGCUAGUCUGCGCAACUUGUUGCAUUUCUACUGCUCUUAAUUCGUUGCGCAGCGCAGCGACACCCACGGAAGUGACCGCGGUGGGAAGAAUCGACGACGCAUUUCGGAAUGACGCAAUGUCCCGGCGCCUGGCAACCCGCACCUAGUGUGAUUCAUUCUGAAGUUUGAGAGAUGGCUUAGCUAGUCUGCUAAUUCACUAAAAAUUCAACAUGAGUGCCAUUCGGAUGUCGUUAAAUAAUCUAAUUUAAGACAGUAUUCCUUCUGUUUUAUUAUACAACCAUUCAACCAUGAAGUUACUCCACAAAGAUAUUGAAAAAGAUAAUGCCGGGUGAGUGACUGUUAGCACGCUAGCGAGCUAAUCAGCAUGCUAUUUAGCAGCUGACUGUACAUGUGUCAACUCAGUCGUAGUGAAUGUCCAUUUGUGAUUUGCAUCCACCCUGUUUUCGCAAUUGACGCAGGGAGUUUUGUGUUGUGAAUAAUCCCUGGUGAAAUUUGAAAGGAAAACAGACGGCUUACAGAGCUAAGAGAUAUAUGAGCAGAGACUGUUUUUGUUAAUGUUAUGAUUAUCUUCAGUCAGGUGACUCUGAUGCCAGAGGAGGCAGAGGAUAUGUGGCAUACCUACAACCUGCUGCAAGUGGGCGACAGCCUGAGAGCCUCCACAAUCAGGUAAACACUCAGUUAAACCACAUACUCCUGUAGCACACACCCAGCUAUUACAUAGUUUCUCUGCACCAUAGAGAAGCUUGAUCUUGUAGCAGUGCAGAGGUAUAGAUGCAGAUCCCUCUAUCAGUGAUUAGUUUAUGUACUCUUCCCCCUGCAACUCUGUUGUAUUUGUGUACCUUUAAGCUAAAGUAACUUAUGGUCAAGGUUUCACCUAAGUCAAAACUGCCUCCUCCUCAACACCUCAAAGACAAAGGAGAUGGUCAUAGACUUCUGUAGAUCCAAACCCCUUCUUCAGCCAGUGAACACCUGUGGGGUGGACAUCGAAGUGGUGACGUCAUAUAAAUACCUAAGUGUACAUCUGGAUAAUAAGUUGGACUGGCCUAAGAAUAUGGACUUCAGAGCCACCUCUUUUGCCUGAGAAGACUCAGAUCAAUAGACAUCUGUAGUAAGAUGCUGCAGAUGUUUUAUCAGUCUGUUGUGGCAAGUGUUCUGUUCUACGCUGCAGUCUGCUGGGGAGGAAGCAUCAAACACAAAGAUGCAAGACGUCUUUACAAACUGGUGAAAAAGGCUGGUUCUGUGGUUGGACUCAAGCUGGACUCAGUGGAGGUGGUGGUGGAGAGAUCUACACUGAGGAAGGUGGAGUCUUUUCUUAAGAACAUGGAUCACCCACUUCACAAUACCUUAAUGGACCAAAGGGUCAAUGGUGGUGGACGGCUCCUCUCUCUUCGCUGCAGGACAGAAAGAUUCAGAAGAUCUUUUGUACCAACAGCCAUCAGGCUUUAUAACUCUUGUGUAAAUAGUAGAUGAAUUUUAGAGACAUAUUAUGUGAGACAACAGACAAUUUAAUUUUCAUUUGAGGAUUAAUUAAGUUCUUCUUAUUCUUAUUUGAUAAAAAAAACCAAGCUGAAAAACUACAUAUUCAUUUAUUAAGAUCAAUAAGUCAGCUGUUGGUGAUUGUGUUUCCUCCUCUUUCUCAUGCUGUAUUUUGUUUCAGUUUUAAAAUUCUACAGGGAACUUGUCAGAUAAGUCAAAACAAAUGUCUGUGUCCUAUGUAUCCACAGAAAGGUGCAGACAGAGUCUCAGACUGGAAGUGUUGGCAGCUCCAGAGUUCGGACGACACUGACCUUAUGUGUGGAGACUAUUGACUUUGACUCCCAGGCUUGCCAGCUGAGAGUAAAGGGCACUAACAUAGAGGAGAACCAGUAUGUCAAGGUCUGAAUUGUCAAUACAGCCUGACAAUUUUAGUUAUGUCAUUUUUCUAUUUCUAUGCAUCAAGAUAGCUGUAAGGUUUGUCAUUGAAUUCAGUCUGUCUCAGUGUCCACUCCUAUUUGAGAAGCUGAUGAUCUCUUUUUUUACUCCUCAGAUGGGUGCGUACCACACUAUUGAGCUUGAGCUCAACAGGAAGUUCACUCUGGCUAAAAAGAGCUGGGACAGCAUCGUGCUGGAAAGAAUCGGUAUGUUGUUAAAACACAGUUUACACAAAGGGUUCCAUUCCUGUAGAAAUUGAUUACCACCCCGAGUCACCUUCUUAAUGCAUCUUUCUUAACUGCCUCUAACACUAUCUUUAACAGCUGGCAUCUAAGAAAUUGAAUUAAACUACUGAGGGACUUCACAUGUUUUCUUGAAGACAAAACAAAUACUUGUGAAAUGAACCAAAUAUCUUAAAACUGCUCUGUGAGAUUAAAGAAGAUCUUGAUUCCAGCUACAGGCUUACAUUUGUUGCUUUCACUGCAGCCCGGGAUGACUUGUUCCAGACACCAAUAAUCAUUCGUCAGAAGUGUAUUUUAAGAACUGUUUAGCACUGUGUUGCCUGACUGACAGGAUGGCAUUUUAGCUGGUUGUCUUUUACAUAAAAGAGCGCAGUCCUCUGAUGUUGAUUUAUUAACAGUGCCAACAAAGAGAGAGAGUUGCCAUGGGAACAGAAGAGGGAGAGUAACUGACAGAUGGGUUCAUGUUUUGAAGGGGUGGAGGUCUAUUGAGUCAUUCCUGCUUCAGUUUGAAGUGUUUUUAUAAAUCUGUAGCAGUAAACCCACUUACAAGCACCGUGUACUUAUUUCUUACAAUGACAACGCUCAUGUUUAAAAGUUAGUCAAAAUUUCAACACUUGAAUGACACAGUCUGCAAUAUUUUCACAGUAAAUAAUACUGAAAAGUACAAAAAAACAGACCCACAGUCAAGAUACUGUCUUAGAGAGAGCUGCUGUGGUUGAAGUGAAAUUUGAAAAUCUGGUAUCAUGACAAACCAAGCUUAUCAGUCGUGGUUCAAACUAUCAAAGAAAGCACUCAACUAUACUAAUUAGUGUCGCUCUUCAGAGCAGGCAUGUGAUGCGACCCAGAAGGCGGACGUAGCAGCUGUGGUGAUGCAGGAAGGUCUGGCCAACCUGGUGCUGGUGACCCCCGCCAUGACCCUGCUCCGUGCUAAAGUGGAGGUGACCAUUCCCCGCAAGAGACGGGGGAGCUGCACCCAGCACGAGAAGGUAGAAGAACUCUGUAACUACUUGGCUUUUAUGAACUUGGCUAGAGGAAAGAGAAUGGAUUAUUUAGAUUCUGCAUACUAUCAGAGGAGAAAAACUGCAGCACAAUUCUGUUAACUGGAUGUCAGACUCCCUCAGUGUUGGUGUUUUUGUAACGUUCCCUCACAUUUCUCUUCGUUUGCAGGCGCUGGAGCGGUUCUACGAGGCUGUGAUGCAGGCAAUUCUUCGCCACAUCAAUUUUGACGGUAUUACUUCUGUUAUGAUCAUGACACACUCACACAAACACCUGCAUAAACACCAUAUGUUCCUGUUUUGUGUCCUGUACUUCUCUCUUUUUAUUUGAUGUUUCGAUUAUAUUCAUUUUAUUGCAUUGUUGGAACAAUUUCUUUGCUUGUUUCCCAUUUUUGUCUUCGUUAAAACAGAUUUUUUUUCCCUUAUUUCCUAGUGGUGAAAUGCAUCCUGAUCGCCAGUCCGGGGUUUGUGCGAGACCAGUUUAUGACCUACCUCUUCAAGGAGGCGGUGCGACAGGACAACAAGAUCCUGCUGGAGAAUCGACCCAAAUUCAUGCUGGUUCACUCAUCAUCAGGUCAUAAAUACUCCCUCAAAGGUACAAGCUGGUAAAGAAAGAAUAAACUAACAAGAGUUCUGCUAAAAAGUUAAGUUAGUUGGUGACAUUUUAUUGAUUUUUUUUAAAUUUUCCGCAGAAAUCCUCUCUGAUCCCUCUGUGACAAGCAGGCUUUCUGAUACCAAGGUGACGACAAUUCCUGUGAUUUACAUGCUAAUCAUCCUGUGAAUUAAGACUGAAAAAUAUGACCAACUGAUGUUUCUACAGGCAGCAGGAGAGGUCAGAGCCCUGGAAGAUUUCUAUAAGAUGCUGCAGCACGAGCCUGACAGAGCCUUCUAUGGGUAAGUGAUGAAGCACCAGGACACAGCUCUCAGGCGGUAAAUACUGGGUCUGCAUUUACUCACGAUGAUAACAAGCAACCUUUGUAUCCUUGUAUCCUCACAGACUGGCGCAUGUGGAGAGAGCUGCUGACGCGCUUGCCAUUGACACCUUGUUGAUAAGUGAUAAGCUGUUCAGGUACAUGCUGUUUACUUCGGCCGGAUCUUUUGGGUUUUGAUUUUAAAUGCACUUUGGAGUUUUUACUGACGGAAUAGUGGUGUGUUCAAGCUGGUGCUGAAAUUUAUGUUUACAGAAUCACAUGAGAACCAGAGACAGAGAGAAUCUUAUCACCAGCUUUUCAUGUAUGACAGGAACCAUAAAUGUGUAUUUUUACCCAUGUUUUCACAUGUUUCUAUGUGUUCUUCCAGACAUCAGGACGUUCCCACAAGAAGCCGCUAUGUCCGGUUGGUGGACAACGUAAGAGACAAUGGCGGCAAUGUCAGGUACUUCAUAUUUAUUUUACUGUGUCUGGUGUAUUAUCUUUGGACAAGCAUUGGGCUGAUAUGUUUUAUCUUUUUUUAAUGCAGGAUAUUCUCAAGCCUCCAUGUGUCUGGUGAACGUAAGUUAUUUUAAGAUUUUUAGUCUGUAUUAGAAAAACUCAAGAUGCAUAAAAAUGUCUAUUACAGAUGCAGCUCAAAAGUUAGAAUAUCCUGCAAAGUUCUUUUUUUUCCCUCCUGUAUUUAAAUCAAAAAGGGAAACUUCCAUAUAUAUUUUACAUUCAUUACACACAUAGUGGAAUAUUUCAACACUUGUUUUGUCUGAAUCUUGAUAACUGCUGAAAAACCAACAGCAGGAGAUGACACGGCACCCAAAAUCAUCAUAGACUGAGGAAACUUCACGCUGGACUUAAAGCACCUUAGAUUCCGCACCUCACUCAUCCUCCUCCAGACUUUUGGACCUUGAUUUCCAAAUUAGAUACAAAAUUUACUUUCAUCUUAAACAGGACUUUGGACCACUGAGGAAUAGUCCUUUUUUUUUUCUUAGCUUAUGAUGCUGUCUCUGGUUCCCUAAGCUCCCCUAAGUUCUUGAAUCUGCUUUGUUUGACAAACCUCUCAAGGCUGCAGUUAUCCCUGUUGCUUGUGCACCCCUUCCAGUCAACACAACCCUCUGUGAACAGACUCAACAACGACCUUCUGUGUCUUACCCUCCUUGUGGGUUGUGUCAGUGAUCAUCUUCUGGACAACUGUCAAGUCAGCAGUCUUCCCCAUGAUUGUGGUUGUGCGUACUGAACCACAGUGACUGAAUGAAGGCUCAGUAAACCUCUGCAGAUGUUAAGAGUUAAUUAUCGGAUUCAGACAAAAAUAACCCUCACAAGGACAAAUUCAAGGCUUUUUUUCUCAAGAUUAAUGACAAAUCUUUAGUAUUUAUUUAUAUGAUUAAGAACCCACAGACCCCUCCUUCGCAUAUUACUGCCACUAGCUGUCAUUUAGAAGAAUAAUGAGCACUGCCUUGUGCCUCCAUCUUUGUGAAAACUCCAACGCUAUAACCCACUCUUAAAAAAUGAUCUAUGAAUAUAACACUAAUCAAAAGAUUCAAGUAGUACUUCUUAGUGUCCAUUUUUUUCCGCAGUCUGUUACAUAAUUCCAGAAAACUUGUAUCAGCUAUUUUUAAAUAAGAGUUAAUUACCAGCAACAUAUUAUCAGGUCCGAGUUGUAAAUGUUUGAUGACUAUAACUGCAGAAGGAUUUUAUUGGUGUCAUUUCAGCGUGUUUACAGGUUACUGACACCAAUAAAGUCUACACUCUCAGCAAACACUGAUUCACGCCCCUUUUCUUCUCUCCUUGAUCACAUUCACAGCUCAUUAUUUCUGUCUGUACUGUCAAGUUUUGAUAUAUCCCGCUGGCUGUCUCCUCAGAACUGACUCAGCUGAGCGGGGUGGCUGCUAUUUUGCGGUUUCCCAUCGCUGACCUAUCAGAGCCGGAGGAUGGCAGCAGCUCUGAUGACGACUGAUCCACAGAGGUGCAGCGGAGAAAAAAGUCGAGCUGGGAGAAACGACGAGGAAGGUCAUUCAGCGAUUUCGCCAGAAUGCAUUGACUCAGUGUGUUGUAAAAUGAUAAAAGCUGCAGUGUUAUGGUCUACAUUUUCCACCUCUGCAAAAACUAACCUAUUCAAGUCUGAUUUAAACAAUCAUUUCCUUAAAGUGACCAUACCUUAAAAUGAGCUUAUACAGGUUUUGGUGCUGUGAUGCUUUUGGUUUGAAGGUGGGUGAAAUUUGUAAGGAUGCCAAUAUUCAGGAACCUUUUGUUGCCAGGCCCAAAUAAAAUCACUUCAAGUUUGACUCUUAUUCAGCAAUAGAAAAUACUUCCUCUUCUCUAAUGUAUAUACAGAUUUCUUUUAAUUAAACAGACGCAUUUACCCAUGGCCAUGUUGCACUUUUCUCUCACACACAUCAUACAUGAAAAAACACAAGGUGUAGCAGGUUAUAAAAAUAUAUAAUUUAUUACAUUCAAUAAUAUAUCUGUACAUUUUAUAAGCUAUUUUCGUAAUGGGCAAAAUGACCCAAUACUGCUGCAUUUCAACAAACUAGAAGUCAAGUAUGCUCAGGAUUUUUAAUCUGAAAUCUUCAUGUUGGAGGUCCACAGUUUCAACACCGGGAGCUCCUGUUGUGUUCAGGCAAAAUGUCAAAUUGCAAACUUCCCUUUCAGCAGCUAGGACUAAAGUGCAUCGUCAACCAUCUUCUGCUUCUCUGUGCCUAACUCCUGCUUCACUGAGCUCUAAAUCUGCUAUCAGCGUAGCCCUGAGUGCAUCCUGUUUGUGCUUGAUACUCUUUGCAUCACUCAGUAGGACACUGGUAGGUCUUAAUCCAAGCCAAAUCCUCUAGUGUGCCCCAGUGCAGGUAGAUAAUAGAGCAAAUGACCAUGACAUGCAUGAUCUGAUGGCUGUUCCCCCAGUUGUCAAACAAGCCUGGAACAAAACGCUCAGGGAUCUGGAUGAUGUUGACCAGUCCUCCUGCCACAGCCAGGGAGUCCAUGAUGACAAAGAGCCUGAGGGAGUUAGGGCUGCCCACCCCGCUGCCGAAAACCCGGAACAGGAACAAGCUGAAGCGGAACAGGGCCUGCCACACGAACGCUCGCAAGCGCAGGACGUUUGUGCGGGCUGUGGUGGCGCAGUAAAUGCCAUAGGUGGACAGGAGGACGUACGUCAGCAGGGCAGUCUGUUGCAAGGUGGGGUAGCAAAGGAGGGUGAUGUGGAUUAUGGGAAGUGCACCUGGUGACAAGAGAGAAUUUAUACCAGUGAAGAGACAAUAUUAAUAAAUUUAAAAAAGAGGACUUGAAAUUAACCUUGUUGUAGCCUGAGUUUAUCAGCAAAGAAUUAAACUUCAUAUUCGCAAGAAGGACUUGAGGCUAUAUUAGUCUUUCUGGUGAAACGCUACCAAAAGAAGACGCCCAAGUACUCAUAUUACUCAAACAAGCCUCUUCAAUGCAAACACUGCACUCCUGGAGAUGUUCAGACUCAUCAUCUCAUAGUGUUUUGACUUAGCAAUCCUUGAAAAAGGGAGAGCUGAGAAUGACAGCGCAAACAUUACUAGGACUUAAUUUUUAUUGGCUAUUUACCUAAACAGGUGUCCUCAAAUAACCACUGAACAAACUCCAUGUGUUGAUCUGAGAAAUGUAGCCAAAGCCUUUUAGAAAGCAUACAAGUACACACAAAGUGGAGUUUCUUUAUUAGCUGUAAAGCAGCUGUGUUGAUUCAGACAAAACAGAGAAAAGCUAACAGGCAUCAACUACCUACCGAGGGUGUUUACCAGGCAGACCCCAAACAUGUCUAGAGAGAGCAGGGUGUCAUACACAUGCUCUCCACCCACAUGGUUCAUGAAGACAUGGUAGACCACUGAGCCUAUGGUGGGGCUGAGGCAGGCCAGGUAGUGGACCACACAGAUCCAAAUGCUGUCCACCUCCUCCCAGGGGAUACUGAAAGGCAGCAGCACCAGGAAAAGAAAAAAAGGGAUGCCUGAGGUAACCAGAAGAAUUGGAGAAAAUAGGGGAGAGAGGUGAGAUGCAAGAGGAAAAUGAAAAUGAACAUGUCUGGAGAACUGUCUGACAUUACUUCCUCCUUAUGCUUCUGUGCCAGGAACCAUGUGAAAUUUAUAGCGUUUGGCUACAAGUUCCUGGGAAGUGCUCUACAGAUAAUACCCCACACUUCCUCUUAGUAAGAGUGUUAGCCUUAAUGAACUUAUGGGAUAUCCAAGGGGAAAACGGAGCAAAGAGGAUAGCUUUGAAAGUUGAAGGCUGUGAAACCCUGGUGCAUUGCGACAUUUGCAUUUUUGCAUGUUUAAAUAAAACUGAAGACAAGUUUGUGAUCCUCAUGUCAAGAUAACUUAUGUAAAACUGAUCUCCCCUUCACUAUUCUGAAUCUUCCUGCCGUCUGUGCAACCUCCUGGAAGCUUGUCUUGUUAAAGUGUAUUUGAGCACUCAGAACUGAAAAGUGUCACACACCUUCGAAAGACCUAAUUACCUGAAGGUUAUUUCCAGGACAGGGAUUCCCAGGGCAGAUUACAGCUAAUGCCCCAUAUCCUCAUUACACACUCUUGUCAUGCUUGCUACAGGCCAUGAGUGAGAGUAGUUGAUAUCUGUGUCCUGUUUGAGUUGCACACCACAUGUAUGGGUUUAUGAAACAAAAAGAUAGGGAGAAUGUGCCCUGAAUUAUUAAGCAUUCCACAUAAUUCAGUGUAGUCAGACACAUCUGUUGAUACUCUUACAUUUACUCCUCAGUGUACUCAGCUACUCUCAAAAUUACUUAAAGCGUACAAAUGCAUGGCAAACAUCUAGACUUACCAUGUGUGUAGAUGUUUCCAAGCUCAUUGUGCAUGUAAAAGAGGCUCCUCAUGCACUCCUGAGCCGAGGACACUGGCCGGUAACCUGUCAGGACGUAUUUGUUGAACUGAAGAUGUGUCGGGGUCUUGGCAAACUCCAGUAGCCGCGGCCCUUUGUAAAGCACCAUCACGACUUCCUGCCAAAUGCCCUCACAUUUAGAUAAAGGUUCAGGUUCCUCAGCACUUACAUCCUGAACGAGGCCAUGCUCAGAGGACACCCGGGCAUGGCCAUGGCCAUGGCAGCAGAGAGCAAGAAGUUCUGCUACCUGAAAUCCAUCAUCGGACAGGUGUUAUUCCAAGCAAGCAACCUGUUGAGCUGGCGAAGUGGUAUGCUUUCUGCAGGACCAAUCAGUAAAGGGUUCUUAUCCUUAAGCUGGGGUUAAUCCUCACAAAAAGGCAUGUGCACUGUGGCAGCUGCUCCUCGCCAUGGCCCAUAACUAACACACACCUCAGCUUCAUGGUUAUCUUGAUUUAUUCUCUAUUUUCCUAAUCACAAACUAAAAACAAGUUUAUGCUCCCUGAGUGGGUCUGCAACAGUGCUGAAGUCACGCUGACCUGGGGAUUACAUCUUUCAGAGGAUUGCCAUCCAUGAACACAAGACUAUAAAUAAGUGAAGCAAUAUUUCCUCCACUGUCCGUACUCAUGAUGGUUUUAUUAAAUCAGAUUCUGUACAAUAAUAAACAGAUGCUUGUGAAAAUUAGUAAAAAAAA